UGAGACCAUCACCAGCAGACAAACGGCUCAUCGUGCUAGUUCCACCAUGGCACGCCAUCUAGCGGGGCUUCUAGUCUCAUGCCUCGCAUUAUGGUUUACAAACACAUUGGCGAGCGAUCAAGGUAAAAGGCAAACAGAAAAACCGGCAUGCACCUCACAGUCGGACGUGGUGUUUGUCGUCGACUCGUCGGAAGCUGUCAGCAGAGUGAACUACGACAAAGAACUGAACUUUGUCAAGCAGACUGUGAACAACUGGAACAUCGGGCCGUACGGUGUUCAGGUAGGACUAGUCACUUUCGGCUCCACGGCCCGGGGAGUCUUCAACCUCAACUCCCAUUCCACUGCAGCGGAUGUGACGCAAGCGAUCAGCAACGCCCCCAUGGUGGGUGGGCAGGUGAACAUCCAGGAAGGCUUGCGCUUCGCGAUGGAUAACAUGUUCACUCCUCAGACCGGGGUGCGAGAUCAGACAGCAAGAGUUAUGGUUCUUGUGACUAAUGGCCACUCGGCCAACCCUGCUCUCAGCAUCCUUCAGGGCCAAACUGUGCAGAACAAUGACAUCCAAGUGUACACCGUGGGUGUCGGGGCAGGUGUGGACCAGACUGAGUUGAAAGGCAUCGCCAGCAGCCCUGAUACCCGGUAUUUCUACCGGGCUGACACUUAUGACUCGGCUGCUGCUCUAUCUGCAAUCAUUGGACCCAAGAUUUGCAAUGAGAUUCCAAUGGACCCCAACUUUCUCCCACAAGUUUCUACACAUCUGCGUAAGGCAGACAUCGUCUUCCUCCUCGAUUCGUCCUCCAGUAUCGGCAAAGACAACUUCCACAAGCUGGAGGACUUCCUGAAAGACGUGGCCAGCAAGCUGCCGGUGUCCCAGGACGGUAUUCACGUGGGUCUCAUGCAGUACAGCAGCUACCCGUCCCUGGAGUUCCCCCUCAACCUCUAUUCCUCCCGCUACGAUGUGCUAAAGGCCAUCGACAGGCUACAUGGGGGCGGGGCCAACACGGCCGACGCGCUGCAGUUUCUCAGGCAACAGGUGUUCUCGCAGAACGCUGGCGCCAGACCCGGGGUGCCGCGCAUCGGAAUCGUCAUCACAGAUGGCGUGUCUUCCAACAGCGCUAACGUAGCUGUUCAAGCGGACUAUGCCCGCCUGGACAACAUCGGGCUGCUGGCCGUGGGUGUGGGGCCGGACAUGAACACAGCUGAGCUUCAGUCCAUCGCAGACGACCCAGACUCAGCACACAUGUUCAGUGUGCGGGACUACGACCAGCUGCCCACAGUCAUCGACAAACUCAUCGACGCCAUGGCCGCAGUUCGAGCAACGGUUUCUCCAAUAACUUCUGGUUCGUCUGGAGGCACCCUACCGCCAGACCCGUGUCGGGAUGCUAUCUCGAACUGUAACAACUACCCAGAGAACACUUGCACAGAGUACCUGGAGUGGUCCCGAGCCAACUGUCAGCGUCACUGCGGCUUCUGCACCCCCCUCUACACCUCAGCCCCACCCGCCUGUGACGACAAACUCACCAACUGUGCUGCUUACGGCAUCUCAGCCUGUAGUGGGGUCUACCUCGGGUGGGCGCAGGAAAACUGUCAGCGCUUCUGUGGAUACUGCGGCCCUAACACGCAGUCGCUUGGCUAUUACAGCCAGUGCUACUACAAAGGUCAGGCGUACCGCACGGGUCAGAAGUGGGUGGACGGCUGUGACUACGAGUGUGUGUGUGAAGAUGGCGACACUGGGCGAUACCGCUGCUUCAACAGGUGUCCCGUCUACUACAACCUUCCCUCGCAGUGCACGCUGGUGAAAGACCCUAGUCAGUGCUGUCUACAGCCUCGUUGCUAUUUCGACCAGACGGUCAACGUCAUUUCCGGUUCGGCCAUCGGCACGGUCAAUGGAAUCAAAACCUGUCAGUAUAAGGGUGUAGACUACUACGAGGGUCAGCAGUGGCAAGAUGGAUGUGACUUCCAGUGCACGUGCACCGACGCUAGCACCGGUUCCUAUCGGUGCCAUGACUACUGUGCAGCGUAUCCCAGCAUGCCCAGCUACUGUCGUCUGGAGAAGGACGCGGGCUCGUGUUGCGCCAGGCCCGUGUGCGAGUUCGCCAUGCAACAGGGCAGCUUCACUGGCCUCGGCUCUGUCAGCGGCAAUGGCAUCAACAAUCCACCCGCCACUCUGCCUCCCUGUGUGGAUGCUGUGGACAACUGCGCCAUGUACGGUAAGGUCGCCUGUACAUCCUACAGGACCUGGGCCCUCCAGAACUGUCGCCUCUUCUGCGAGCUGUGUGGCGUUGACAGAGACCCUGGCCCAGAAGAUCUGUGCGUCUUUGACGGUAAACAAUAUUCCAGGACCAGUCCUGGUUCGUUGGCUCCAACACCAUCUGUAACUGUGAAAAGGCCACGCAGGGCUUCUACCGCUGUAACAACCUAUGCCCAACCUACACCAACGUGCCACCUAACUAAAGAGAUGAAGGUCAACGGCAGCUGUGCUGUUAUGCAGUGCGCCACGGGGACUUUUUACUCCUCCUCCCUCAACUACAACACCAUCGGAGCAGGCGGCAACAUCGUCACGGGAUCCGGCAGUUACGUGGCCCCUACGUUGGCCUCUGGUGCUGUGGCGCCCCCUGGCACGGGUGGUACGGCAGCCCAGGCAUCUGCCAUUUCCGGAUGUCUGUACAAAGGUCAAGUGUACGUUGAAGGACAGCUCUGGGAGGAUGGCUGCGACAGGUCGUGCGAGUGUCAGAAUGCGAUGACUGGACAGUACCGCUGUCGCGCCAGGUGCCCCACCUACAACAACGUGCCCGACACGUGCCAGAUGGUGGUGGACGAGAGCGACACGUGCUGCAGCAAGCCGCACUGCACGGGACCUGAUGCAGCAAAAAUAGUCAUCAUUCCUGUCUACGGGGAGUACCGCAGUCAGAUGGGAGUGGCCCAGCCGCCACCCACCAAAGACCGUUUUGCCGGUACCGGGGGAUACUUUGGACCCGAGUCGGGUAUGCACACCAUCUUAGAGUUCGGAUCCACGGUGGCUCCCCCUACAGCCGGUGACUUCACUGCGGGCGGCGUGGGCUACUGUCAGUACAAAGGUCAGACGUACAAACAGAAAGAAACUUGGGAAGACGGGUGUGACUACAACUGUGUGUGCGACAACGCCUACAACGGCCACUACACCUGCGUCGACAAGUGCGUAAAGUACAUGAACAUACCGGAGCCCUACUGCCGUCUGGUGACAGAUCCUCGCAACUCCUGCUGCAAGAUCCCAGACUGCCUCUUCACCGCCCCCUACGGUCUCGUCACUGGUCUAGCCACCAUCCAGCCCUCCCAAGGCUCCUCCCACCCCACCAGCAUUCCAGCAACUCCAGGCUUUGCAUUCUGCAUCUACAACGGAGCUCACUACGACCGCAACCAGGUGUGGUACCAAGGGUGCGACUACAAGUGUACGUGUGAAGAUCCAGCUAUCAACAAAUAUAGAUGCGUGUCCAGAUGCCCUUCCUACGAGAACCUGGAUCCCAAGUGUACGCAAGAGCGGGACCCCAACGACCCCGCCUGUUGCAGUGUGCCCCGAUGCCCCACCCCGCUGCCCCAGCACACACUUUCUCCCAACCCCACUGCGUCCGCGGUCACCAUACCCCCAGGCUUCGUCACCGGUGACAACAGCCCUCCCGGUGCCACGGGAAGUACCGUUACAGGGUCAUGUGAAUAUAACGGACAGAAAUAUCAGCAGGGCGAGAAGUGGGAGGACGGGUGCACCUACAACUGCGUCUGUGAAGAUGCUACGACCGGCAAGUACAAGUGUACGGAAAAGUGUACCCGUUACGAUUCAAUUCCUGAGGGUUGUCGUCUGGUGUCUGACUUUGCCAACCCCUGCUGCACAGUCCUGAGAUGCAACCCCACCCUCUUAAUCCCUAGUCUGGUGUCAACUGUCCACCCGGAUCCCCAUUCACCUCAGACCACACCCAGUCCUACCGCUUUCUGCAUCUACAACGGUGUAUCUUACAGCCAGGGCAAGACCUGGAGCGACGGCUGCGACAAGUCCUGUCGUUGUGAUAACGCAAACACCGGGGUAUACACGUGUACCCAGAGAUGUAUGGUAUACGACCAUCUACCUCCAGAGUGCAAGCUAGUCACAGACACACGAGAUCAGUGCUGCCUAGUGCCCCAGUGUGGAAUUCCUCAACCCUCCAUCACAAACGCCCCUACACCUAACAGCCAACCACCGACGCCAACUGUCAACCCCUACACCGGCUCUCCAACACCUGGCCCAGUCCCUGUGGUAUCUGCAGGUGUUGUGUACCCUACCCCGACAGCCGUCAUCGGCAAGGUGACUGGAACUGCCUACUAUCCUCCACAAGGAACUGAACCAGGUGGUGUGACACCUACCCCGAGACUUCUGACCUACUGUGAGUACAAGGGUGUCCAGUACCAGCAGGCGCAGACGUGGACGGACGGGUGUGACUUCAACUGUCAGUGUGUCAACGCCCUGCAAGGCAAAUAUGAGUGCACGGAAAGAUGUCCCCGCUACCCGAAUCUUCCACCUGAGUGUCGCCUGGUCAAGAACAUUGCAGACCCAUGUUGCGAGCACCCUGAAUGUGGCCCUGCGCCCACCCUAGCGCCAACUACCCACGCAACCGGUUCUACCAUCGCCCCACCUCUGGGUGCGACUACAACAACGUUGAACCCCAACCCUACAACACGGAUUCCCCCAACACCUGCGGACGUAUGUGUGUACAAGGGAAAAGCCUACAGCCAGGGACAACGGUGGUACGAUGGUUGUGACUAUCAGUGCGUUUGCGAGAAUGGACCACAAGGCCUGUACACCUGUAAUGACAGGUGCCCAGUCUACCAGGGGACACUACCACAGUACUGCACCAUGGUACCAGCGCCCGUUGAUCCCUUCUGUUGUGAGGUCCCGCAGUGCGACCUUCCUCCCAGCUUCGCCAACUCCACCGGCUUCAUCAUCCCCACUCCUCCUCUCCCGGUGAUAAAAGGCGGCAGUGCCACCCCUAUCCCAACUCCCCCUCCAGGCCUCCCUUCACCAGGAAGCCUUCUGAGUACUAUAGCACCUGUUCCUGGGCAGACAACCUCCUCUCCUGCACCAACAAUCCCCAGCAAUGUGUGUGUGUACGGCGGCAAGACGUACGAGCAGGAUCAGAUGUGGCGCGACAGCUGCAGCUACAACUGCGUGUGUGACAACGCCAGUGCUGGGCGCUACACGUGCACAGCAAUCUGCCCCAAGACACCACCGUCACUGCCUCCGCGCUGUCGUCUGGUUCGCGACAGCAACAACCCCUGCUGCCAGAUCCCCUACUGCGACCUUACUGCGCCUCCCACUGCCUCCACCAUCACACCCCCAGCUGGAGUCACGGGAGUGUCGCCGUCCUUAGAUCACAGCUCCAGCUCCAACUCCAACUCCAACCUCAGCCCUACAGACAAAGUCAAGGUGUGCGUGUAUAACGGUGUGGCCUUCGGCCAAGGCCAAACGUGGGAAGAUGGGUGUGAUCUCAGCUGUGUGUGUGAGGACGCCAGCGCCGGUUACUACAGGUGUAACCAAAGGUGCCCCCGCUACGACCAGCUUCCUACCGGUUGCGUGCUGACGACGGAUUCACGGGAUUCGUGCUGCAGCGUGCCCCUGUGCCCUCCUGUCCAGCCGCUAGUGUCAGUAACUCCCUCUGACAAUUCCACUAUGCCCCCUGACGGCUUCACCCCUAUCUCGCCCUCUCCAGGCGACGGGAGCAUCCCCCAGGCCACCCUCGCUCUGCCAUUCGCCAUUCCGACGGCCAUACCGGGAAAAAUCGAGGGGCAGGGCAUGGUGCCCACUCUUGAGCCGACCAAGCAACCUGACCCCAACAACCCGUCUCCCUCCAUUGCUCCAACAAGAGCGAACGGCUGCUUGUACAAGGGGACAACGUAUCAACGAGGUCAGCAGUGGUCUGAUGGAUGUCUGUACAACUGCGUGUGUGUCGACGAGGUGUCCGGGCGGUACACCUGCACUGAAAAAUGCCCAGUCUACCCAAGUAUCCCACCCUACUGCCAACUCAUCAACGACCCCAAGGAGCCGUGCUGCAAGACUCCGCAGUGCCUUCCUUCCCCGCUCCUCCCUCCAACAAUCGCACCUUCGGGCUCAUCGGCUAUUCCCUCAGUUGGAAGCACAGUCCCUCCCCCGACUGGCCCUACCCCUUUACCAGUCAGUCAUACCACCAUUGCUCCUGUUCUAACAGAUGUCUGUCAAUACGGCAGCAAGAUGUACACUCAAGGACAGCAGUGGGACGACGGCUGCAGUAAGCGAUGUGUCUGUGAAAAUGCCAAGACUGGUUUUUACAGAUGUUCAGACAGGUGUGCCGAGUACCCGCUCGCGAAAGGCUGCAUCAUGGUUCCUGACCCCAGUGACCCCUUGUGCUGCGAGGUGCCGCAGUGUACACCGACCCCCAACCCAUCGUUCGACAGUCCCACCCCUGGCCCCACCAUCAUCGUCACCCCGCCGCUCGGCAAUGUCACUGGCCUUGCACCCGUACCUACUCCGACAACCGCACAUCCAGGGGACAUCACUCCAACGCCCCAGUUCGGGUGCCUGUACAAGGGUAACUUGUACCGCCAGAAACAGCAGUGGCAAGAUGGCUGCGACUUUAACUGCGUGUGUGAAGACGAGGUCACGGGGUUGUACCAGUGCACACAAAGGUGUGCCCCCAUCAGCUAGUGCCUCCACGCUGCCGCCUUCAGCCGGACCCCAAGGACUUCUGCUGCCUGCAACAGGUGUGUGACUACAGCCAGCCUGUCCCUACCUACGUGGUUCCUCAACCUGGACAGUCUUCUGGCUCACCUGGCCCGUCACCAAUCUCGGGGGACGUCACCUGCACCCACUCAAGUCUCCGUGUGCGUGUACCAGGGUGUGACGUACGCCCAAGGAGCAUCGUGGAAAGAAGGUUGCAGCCGUUCCUGUCGUUGCGACGAUGCAGCAAACAACGUUUACUCGUGUUUCGACAGGUGUCCCACGUACCAGCUGCAGGCCGGGUGUCGCCUGGUCACUGACCCUCAAGACACGUGCUGCCAGGUAGCUGACUGCGCCGUUCUCGUCACCCCUAUUCCCACCCAGACCGCCCAGCCCACACCAUUUCCCAAUGGUUCCUACCCAGUCCCAGAAGCUACCCCAUCCAAGGCGCCAGGUCUCAUCCCUCAAGUCACUCCCAGUCCGGUGCCAGUGGGAAUUCCUGGAAUCGUAAUGGGAACUCCGCCCACCCCAACAGGGUUCUGCGAGUACAAGGGUGGCCGCUACAACACCGGUCAGACGUGGGAGGAUGGUUGUGAAUAUCGCUGUGAGUGUGUUGACGCCGGCACUGGUCUGUACAGAUGUACACAGAAGUGUGCGCCGUACCCCAACAUACCCACCUACUGCGUCAUGGUGCGGGACCCGCGGGACCAGUGCUGCGAGACCCCCUACUGCCCCGGCCUGCUCGUCCCUCCUACCCCAACACCCACCCAAAUGUCGGGCAUCAACCCCACGCCGGUGGCUGGUUCGACCACUUCCCCCCCACCAGGUGUUACUCCUUCGUCAUCACCCACACCUUCCUACGUGCUGCCCACGCUGUUCAUCGGCAAUGUUCCCCUUCCUACAGGUAGCAGCAACCCGCUGCCCAAAGAGAUCUGCGUCUUCAAGGGCAAGGCCUACACCCAGGGUCAGCAGUGGUACGACGGCUGCGACAAGAUCUGUGUCUGUGAGGACGCCAAGUCUGGCUUCUACAGCUGCACUGACCGGUGUGCUCAGUUCCCCGAUCUCGCUCCAGGCUGUAUCAUGGUUCCAGACCCCAAGGACCCGUCUUGCUGUCAAGCGCCACAGUGCACGACCCCAACCAAUCCUAAUGUUCCACCCACGGGAGUAUUUGGACAAGUCCAGGGCAACCGUCUGACCCCGACCCCUACCCCAUGGGAUGGUCUCUCUCCUACUAUCGGCAGCCACCUCCCACAAGUGGCCAGCACGUGCGACUACAAGGGCACGAGCUACUCUCAGGGUCAGACGUGGCAAGAUGGAUGCGACUUCAACUGUCAAUGCGUCAACUCCACUAGCGGUCUCUUCCGUUGUACAGACAGGUGUCCACGGUACCCCAAUUUACCAACAACCUGCGUGACGGCGUAUGACCCCAGUGACCCCUGUUGCCAGAAAGUGCUUUGUGGAGACAAUGUUCCUACCCUUCCACCCACCCUUGUCCCUCCCACAUGCGUACAGCCCACCCCUGAUCCAAACGCCUUCUGUGUUUACAAUGGCGUCCCAUUUCGCCAGGGCCAGACUUGGAACGUGGGCUGUGACAAGAUCUGCAAGUGCCAGGACCCCAUGACACGCUUGAUCACGUGCAAUGACAGGUGUCCAAGCUACCCGACCAUUGGCGACGGCUGCACGCUGAAGACGGACCCAAGUGACUCGUGCUGUCAGGUACAGGACUGUCCCGUCAGUCUCGUGCCGGGUACCCAGACCCUAGUGCCACCCGUCAAAGGUAUUAUCACUGGAGGCACCAUACCUCAAGCAGUUGGACAGGUACCAUCAUUCAUCGGAGCCCCAACAGAUGGGUGCGUGUACAACGGGCAGACCUACAAAGCGGGCCAGACGUGGAGUGACGCGUGUACGUACACGUGUGUCUGCACGGACUCUUCGGGGAAAUACGUCUGCUCCGAGAAGUGUCCGAGAUUCAACAACCUGCCGGCCACGUGCACGCUGGUCCAAGACCCACGUGACCCUUGCUGCAAGGCCGCGUACUGCCCUGACCUUCCUGUGCUUCCGGCUGUAGGUACCACACCGAGUCCCCAGCCUGGGGUGUCUGCUAGUGUCCCCCAGCCUACGGUGGCAAAUAUGCCUCAAGACGUUUGCGUGUACAAGGGUCAGUACUACAAGCAGGGGCAGAUCUGGUACGAGGGCUGUGAACAAAGAUGUCGCUGCGAGGACACUGCGCGCAAUUUUUAUCGUUGCGACGACAGAUGCUCCAAAUUUCCGGCUGUUCCAUCGGAGUGCACCAUGGUGCCCGACCCCCAGGAUCCUGUUUGCUGCAAGAAACCUGAGUGCCCCCUGUUUCCAACUGGAUCCCCCAGUCCAACGGCAGGUUACAUUCGGCCUUCGCUGGUGCCACCUGUCGGGGAAGUCACCGGCUCUGGAAAAAUCCCCGUCCCCACCCCAACACAACCUGGACAAACCACCCUUCAACCGCUUCCUGCAACAGGCUGCUACUACAAGACCUUGGUCUACCAGAAGGAUCAGUCGUGGGACGACGGCUGUGAUUUCACGUGCAAGUGUGUCGACGAACAGACGGGAUUGUACCGCUGCAAGGACAAGUGCUCUUCACUGGUCAGUAACCUACCCAACCCUGACCGGUGUCGUCUAGUCCAAGACCCGCUGAACCCUUGCUGCUCUGUGCCCUACUGUGACUUCUCCAACCCGACACCUAUUUUCCCCAACCCCUGUUGUCACCCCCACGACAGGACCUGAUGGGUCUGUUAUUUCAGUACUCUGCCACCAGCUUCUGGCUCCAAACCACCAGGCUUUUGCGUGUACCAGGGUGUGUACUAUCGCCAGGGUGACGAGUGGAACAACGGUUGCAGCCAGCGGUGUCGCUGCGAGGACGUCAGCACCGGCUACUACACGUGUUUUGACAGAUGUAAAAACUUCGAGAACCUUCCUAAAUCUUGCUCUCUGAAGACCGAUCCUUCUGAUCCGUGCUGUGUGAUACCCGACUGUAACAUCUAUCCGACACCUGGACCUCCAUCUCCCUCCGGCGUUUCCGGAGGAACCUCCCCACCGUCAGUGCUGGUGCCUGUCGCCGCUGUGGGUGGCACCUUCAAUGGCGUGGGCGGCACCAAUCCAGUGGGGCUGGGAUCCAACCCCAGCAAUUUCGGCGGCACCAGAAGCGUGUGUGUGUACAAGAGCCAGACCUACAGUCAGGGUCAGACGUGGGAGGAUGGCUGCAGCUACCAGUGCGAGUGCAUCGACGCCGCCAGGGGGCAGUACUCCUGCACCGACAAGUGUCCAGCCUACUACUUCCUGCCCCCCAGCUGUUACUACAAGGACAACCCCUCCAAUCCCUGCUGCAAAUUUGUGUCCUGUGAGGGCACUCCUCCACCCUCCACCACCAGCACCAUGCCCCCUGUCAGCGUCCCUGUCGUGGUCAAGCCAGACACCUGCGUGUACCUGGACGGCCAGCACUACAACACCGGAGACAGCUGGUCCGCUGGCUGUGAUGCCACCUGUAAGUGCGACAACGGGACCACCAACAAGUACACCUGUCUCUCCAGGUGCCCCGCCUUCUCCUCCCUCCCGAAGUACUGUUCCCUCAUCCCCGACCCGCAGGACCAGUGCUGCGAGGCUCCGGCAUGCGAGGGGCAGCAACCCAUGGUAGGCACCAACCAGCCGACUCAGUCGCCGUUCCUGCCGCCUAACGUAACCAACGUGGUGCCACUGGGGACACAUAGCAUUGUGUCAGGAACCAGUUCUGUGGCGGAAAUUUCACAGAGCUCUGGCAUCUCCGGUGGCAGAAGUGCUUGCGUAUACAAGAACCACGAGUAUCACCAGGGCCAGUUCUGGGAAGAUGGUUGUGACUUCGUCUGUUCUUGCGAAGAUGAAGCUACUGGCUCGUAUAAGUGCAUUACAAAGUGUCCCAAGAUGCCGCCUCUGCCCACAUAUUGUGUCAUUGUCAACGUACCGGGGCAAUGCUGUCCGUCAAUUACCUGUGAAAUACCCGGCAAGGGCACGUACAACCCGGUACCCGAGUUGAUACCGAGCAUCCUGUCUCCUCAAGGACCCGCUCCGUCCUCAAGCCCCCAGAUCCUGGUAAUCGUCGAUAACACGCAAAUAUCGGGAGCUCGUCCGCAGGGUGGAGGAGCCACUCUACCUCCCAACAUAGACGUUGGGGGCAUCACGGACAUGUGUGUCAAGGACGGCCGAGUGUACAACCAGGGUGAAAAGUGGACGGAGGGCUGCGACUAUGACUGCGAGUGUCUGGACGGACGGUCGGGGUACUAUGAGUGUAAACCAAAGUGCCCGACGUAUGACAACCUUCCGAACGCCUGCACGUUGGUGAAACAAGGCUGCUGCAACGCUGUCAUCUGCACCAAUCCCGAUGGCACGACGGUGGACCUGACCCAGAACCCCUCCGCCGUCGACAUCUUCUCCGUCACCUCCGUGGCGGCCUCCGGCUACUCUGGCUUCCGCGCGGGCUACCAGAUGUCGCAGGGAUCGUUUUUCGGCAGCUCCCAGGCGGCCUGCUUGUACAAGGGAAAGGUCUACAACACGGGCGACAAAUGGGAGGACGGCUGCGACUUCUUGUGCACCUGUGAGGAUGCCACCACCCACCAGUUCGUGUGCAAGCCUAAGUGUCAGCGCUACCUGCAGAUCCCCAGCACGUGCAAACGGUUGAAGGACCCUCAGGGCUGUUGCGAGGUGCUGGACUGCACGGUGCCCGUCACGACUACCCCGAACCCAGCGUGCAUCGACCCCCUCAACAACUGCCCCGACUACGGCAAGGAGGCCUGCGGUGGAGAGUAUGAACCCUGGGCCCGGCGUAACUGUCCUUACUACUGUGGUUACAAACAGUGUGGUGGUGAAGAGAGCACAACUCCCGGCUCUUGCGUGGACAAGUUGCCAAACUGCGUGGAUUACGGGAAGGACGCGUGUACUGGCCAAUACAUUCCCUGGGCAAGCGAGAACUGCCCUGCUUACUGCGGGAUGUGCUCAACAGCAGUGACCACCCCUGGCGGGUCUCAGUGCUUUGAUCUGCUAGAAGACUGCAGUAGUUACGGAGCUUCUGCUUGUCAGCCGCCGUACACCGAAUGGGCGCGCACCAACUGCAACAGAACGUGCGGCUUCUGUGGAUACGUCGUCGUUGUGGUCACCGGUGGCGGGUUCUCUGGCACCUCCGGCCCGAAUAUGAUUGUUUCCGGACAAGGCUCGGAGUUUCAUGGUUACAGCCAGCCUGGCUGGGUGACACUGCUGAAGGGGGUGGCCGGGGUGGAGAACGAUGACCUCUUCCAGCUGUGGUCGUCAACGGACACACGCAAUGAAAACAACGAAAUGGCCAAACGACCGACGGCAGAGUUCCACGGUAACUACAAGCCAGCCUUGUCCAAUUACUGGGACCAGUGCAACUUCGACCAGGUCAAGGUGUCUGUGUGGAAUAAUGGUGAGGAAAAGGCCAAUAUUAUUUUUGAUGCCAAGGAUGCGAACAAAAUGAACUGGUUUGACCCCACCCGUAUUAUCACCUCCACCUACAACGACAUCAAGUCGGCCCAGUUUAACUUCUUCAGUCUCCAAGGGGACGCUUCAAUGGGACGCGAGUUCUACAUUAACAAGCAGUCGAGCGGAUGUGACGCGGUUGGCUGGAUCAUGGUGUCCACCCAAAGGUCUUGCUUCUAUGAACGGACAUCAGCAGCUAAGCCAACGUUCCUCUACUCUAAAGCCACGACCGCCGAUUCUUGGAUGAACCGGGCAGAAGGCGAUGUCUUCAUGAUAUCUGCCCAUGGGGGCAUUGUGGCAACACGUCAAACAUCAGGCGUUCCAGCAGGUCCUCUUAAGCUCGCAAAUAUGUGUGAAUGUGCGACUAUAAUUGCCGUGUGUUCCUAUGGCGGCCACGACUACCGCACCGGCGAAUCUUGGCAAGAUGGCUGCGAGAAGAACUGCACGUGUCGCGACGCCAGCAUAGGCUACUACCAGUGUGACGAUCUGUGUCACAAGUACCAAAUGCCACUGCCUGAUGGUUGCCACCUUACCAAGUUACCUGGACAGUGCUGUGAGACACUGAACUGUUCCAUAUCUUCAACUGGCGGAUGCUACUAUCACGGACAUUACUAUCACCAAGGCCAGACAUGGGAUGAUGGCUGCGACUACAAGUGCACAUGUGAGAGAGACAUCGACGGUUUCUACACCUGUCGCACCAAAUGCUUAUCAUGGAAUCUGCCAGCUCAGUGCUACCUGGCCAGCCCACCAGCUGGUAAAUGUUGUCCUGUACCUACAUGUCCAGCAAGCAUUGUAGUAGUCUACCCUCCAGGUUAUGAACAGGAGUAAGCCAAACUGGUUGCAUGAGUCGCGAACCGCUCUUUCAUACCAUUGAGAUGCUUGAAGACUGUAAGAUGGACUUCAUGCCAUAUGAACUGCAUAUAGAUGCCAAAUAAGUACUAUACUAUGUAUAACUGUGAAAUAAAUAACUGCAUAACA